GCUUGCCUGGUUAGCGAGACCAGCCUCACCAUUUGCGGUACGAUGAAGAAUCAAAGUUAAAGGCUGAGAUCGAUAUCUGUUUCGUUCAUGGCGUUACAGGUGACUCUGAGUCAACCUGGACAGCACAGGAUCCCACGUCUGGACUUUUCCUCGGCCAAGGAUCAUGCUAUACAGUUAUGAUGCAAACGUCAGCAGUGUGUGCUGGUUGACUGAAAGAACACUGUAUCACCACGCAAGCCACUUGCUAUCCGAUCUUUCUGAAGCUCGUAAGGAAUGCAAAGAUCGGCCCCUUAUUUUUGUUGCGCACAGUCUGGGUGGACUACUGGUGAAAAGCGCUCUUAUCUUCAGUCGCAAUGCGGAUACACCUUCGUCGACUGACAACUCGUCUCCGACCGACAUAAGAACGAUAUAUGACGCCACGAUUGGGAUCGUGUCUUUUGGUACUCCGCAAACCUUUGCUGGCAAUGAGCCUAUAUCGGAUCUCAUUUCUGGCUUAUGUCGCCUGCCAGAAUACCUGUGGUCAAAUUGUUCCGCACGCAAGCCGAGAUAUGACGAUAUCGAUGACAUAUGUUCAGACGAAUCGGAGUGGAUACAAGAUCUGAAGUCAUUCCGCAGACGAUUAGAUGAGUACAAAACGAUUGCAGAGAGAAUCCCCGAAGUCUUCUGCUUCGAGUCGAGCCGCGUGGAAAAUAAGAUGGCCGUUCCACCGAAGCUCGGCUUUGUCAACAAACACUGCAAAGCGGUUUCUAUCAAGCGAAACCACCUUGAACUCGCCAAAUGUGCCGCCUUCGACCACCAUGAUUACAAGACUAUCUCUGAUUCUAUCUUGAAAUUUUACAACUGCCGAUUGGAAAGAAAAAAUAGUGACAUUUCCGAAGUCGCAGUAUCAACACCCGUCAGCGUUCGUGACCUUGGCUUUACUGUGAAACCACACUUACCACAGCGACCGCCUAAAUUUGUGUCAGGAGGGUCUGAACACACUCGUGAUGAUUAUCUUGAUAAGCUUGGGAAUCGAUUAUCAACCGAUCGAAUUGCUAUUAUUACGGGGCAGCCCGGAUAUGGCAAAACAACGCUAGCCCUCCAGUACGCAUACAGACAGUUAGAUCUUGAUCGAAAAGACCCUAAGAAACCAACCUCAAUAUUUUGGAUUAGCGCCGAAAGCAAACUGUCUCUUGAAGUCAGCUUCUUGUACAUCGCCUAUCAGCUCGACAAGCAUUACGACGGACAAUGGCCUGAUGAAACAGGCCACGACAAAGUGAUUCAUGCUAUGCGCAACGUUCGCUUGGACAAAAAUGGCCUUCCAAAGCGAGAUGAGGAUCGAGAUUUCACAAUUCACGCGGUAAUAGACUGGCUUUCUUACCCGGAGAAUAAGAAAUGGCUCCUCAUUUACGACGACGUUGAUGACGAGGAAGCUCCAUACUUCAAAAAGUUUCUCCCGCGAGCCUUUCAUCCUCCUAACAAACCAACGCGAGGUCAGAUUGUUUUGAUCACAAGGAGCGCGAACAAAAUAUCGCCUGAGCCCAGUAAAAACCACAUCGAGCUGGACAGGCCCCGACAAGAUUCCCGGGGGCAGAAUGAUACCCAAGGGCCCGACCGGCCAUUCAACGAUGCAAAUGCUGGGCAUGCAAAGGUUACCAAGACUGGGAUUUCCAGAAACUUCGUCAAACGAUCUAGUGCUUCAUUCUUUGGUCUCAAUCCACCAAAUAGCGGGCCUCCGAAAGCACUAAUACGCUCUCUCACUCAGCCAAUAGAAGUAAACAAAUUCAACCGCGAAGAAUCGAAGGCUUUGAUUGAAACACUAUCUAAGUCUCGUUCGGAAAGCGGUCCAGAGAGAGAACAAGCGAUCAACAACAUUGCAAACCAACUUUCGGAUGUUCCUCUGGACCUGUAUUAUGCAGGAACAUACCUUUCGUCAACAGAUGUCCCUGAAGUUGCCCAAAAUGAGCUUUCGAAUGUCGUUUUUGAAGAAUUUCCUGCAGAGCACGCUGAAUGGUUUAAUACAUGUGCCAUGUUGGGUCGGGACUCAAUACCGAUGUGCCUACAAUUCCAACCUCCCAUAAAACAGGACGAGCUUUUCUUGUGGGUGAAGUAUCUCCAAGCUCGGGGCUGGACAUUCUUGGAUCAAAUCUCCGAGUCAGUCGAGAGUCCUUGGGAUCGUCCGCGUAGCCUUGAGUCAUUCAGAAUACCUUCAGAUCGUCAGCGUCAGAGACGACAAUACUUGGGGGGCCAUGUUCUUGACCACGAAUACGCAAGCAAAGCAUGCAAUGCAGUUGCCGCCACGGUGAAAUAUCUACGAAUUACCAAAGAUGAGAAUCAAAUCACGCGCUCGGGGUACGAGCAACUGCUCAUCAGGCAUGUCGACGAGUGUUUAACGCAUCUUGUAAAGUACGGGAGUCUAAUAAAGUGCGAUUGGGACAUUCUAGCCGAUCUCUGCGAGCGACACGGCUUGUUUGUCGAGUCCGCAGACUUCUAUCGGGUCGCCAAGGACCAAGAAUUUGACGAUGAGAAUACGACCAGACAGUCAUCAUCAAGACAGCUCUCAAUCAGGCAAUCAUCUGAACGGUUGACCGUCGAUAACGACGGAGUAUCUGAUGCACAAAGCUCAAAGUCAGCGAAGAUGUGGAACAACCCUCAAGAAGAUGUGCAGGCGGAGCAAUCACACUUGACCAACAAAACAAAUGAGACCAAGGGAAGUAGAAAGUUACAGAGUGAACUGGGGCUCAUUCGCGUGCAACUUCAGCUCAGUCAAUUUCAUGAGCUGGACACACGUUGUCAGGACGUUAUUCGACAAGUGAAAGAAAGACGCGAAAGGAGGUAUUUCGACCUUUGGACUGGCGCUCUCGAGCUGUUGGUCAAGAUUAAGGUGGCUCAGGGAAAGUGGUAUGAGGCAAUUGCAACCAGCCGAACACUUAUCGACACUCUCGAAGAGAAAUUUGGACCCACGGCAGCCGAAACCGUCAGAGCGCUUGAUCAAUUAGCCCAGAUGCAUUUCCACCAAGGAGACUACGAAGGAGCAGAGCCACUACUCAAGCAAGUCCGAAGGAUAUACGAAGGAAACCUUGGUGAAACACAUCCAAGGACUGUCGCUAUUGACGACAUUCUCGCCAGAACGUACAAAGAACAGGGAGACAUCGAAAGGGCUUGUGACUUAUAUCUCCAAGUACUUGAAGCUCGGACACGUCAGUUGGGCGAGGACCAUAUCGAGACCGCAAGGGUAAAAGAGAACUUAGCUAGCGUUUACGAUAUGAUGGAGAGCUACAAGCCCGCUGAUAUGAUGUACAAGUCAGCAAUCUAUGCGGCAGAAAUUUUUGGAGGAAAUGAAGAAAACAAUGUAGAGCUCAGAAGAAUGAAAGAGGGAUGGGAGACGCUGAGACAAGCAAGGAAGCUGAGAAAACCUUCUUGAUGAGAUGUUUUAUUUAAUGUCCGCUUCUAUAGUCAGAACAUUAGAUUUCGUGCUCGUGAGAAUGGACUUGAAGGGCGUGGUGACUUAGUUUCGUGGACCUCCGAUUUAUUGCGUCUUCUAGCAU